AUGGCAGGACCACACUCUAAAAAACGCAAGGUGGAAGAGGGGAUGAAAGGGAAGGUGUCUCGACCUGUUAAGAAAUUCAAGAAGCAAACCGAAUACCACAGCAGCGACUCCGAAUCCGAGGCAGAAACAGACUUCCAAGCCGUGAACCUACAAGACUCUGAUGAAGAAGGACUUGACACCACAGAUCUCGUCACAGCAGCAGCGUCAGACGAAGAUGAUGAGCCUGCACUGGAAGCAGCAGGAGAAGAGUCCGAGGUCACAGAUGCGUCGAAUUCGGACUCAGACUCAGAAUCAGGCUCGGACUCGGGCUCAGAAGAGACGAAUCCCAAUUUAAUACGAAAGCGCAAACGCAACGACCCGGAUGCAUUUGCGACAUCCAUGUCCAAGAUCUUGAGCUCGAAGCUAUCAAGCUCAAAACGGAGUGAUCCAGUCCUUUCGAGAAGCGUGACAGCUCUUCAAGCCAGCAAGGAAAUCACAGAUUUGGCGUUAGAGAAGAAGGCGAAGAGUAAGCUGAGGGAGGAGAAGAGAGCCGCGCUGGAUAAGGGGCGGGUCAAGGACGUCCUCGGAGCCAGCACGGCAUUUGAUGCUGCGAAUGGGAAAGGGGAGGGGGGCCAGAGCGUGCAGGAGACGAUGGAGUUGGAGAAGAGAUUGAGGAAGACGGCUCAGAGGGGUGUGGUGAAGCUGUUCAACGCAGUAAGAGCUGCACAGGUUAAAGGCGAGGAGGCAGCGAGGGAGGCGAGGAACAAGGGCAUCGUCGGGCAGGGAAGGAGAGAAGAGAAGAUCAAUGAGAUGAGCAAGAAGGGCUUUUUGGAGCUAAUUGCUGGUGGUGGAGGAGGGUUGAAGACUGGAGGGAUUGAGGAAGCUUGA